CUGUAAUUUAGUGUUCAUCAACACCAACCUUGUCUAUUUUCGGUAGGUAAUUCAAUUAUAUAACGAUUUCAAGGGCGUUUUACGAUACAUUUUCUCUGGUAUCUACCUGCUUAAUAUUAAACUUUAGUGGAAGUGUGCGGCACCAUAAUGAGGGUAGAAAAGUAAUGUGAGGUGACUGGUCACAGAAUUUAGUGUUUCAGGAUUCUGGUAAAUAUAGUCGUAAACAAUACAAACAUCCGACCAUAGAGUAAUUAGUAAUUAGUAUUAGUAUUACUCUAUGAAAACGAUGGACACUUAUCAAUAUUCGGCAUAAAUCUAAUAAAACAUCCCUUCGAAAUUUUACAUUUUUUUUUUUAACCUACGUAUUUUAACAUUAUAAAAACGAUGGUUUAAACAUUUUUUGGCAAUAAUCAUUACUUGUGAAGUUCGGAUAUUUUGUGUAUUUUCGAUUGAAACAGUCCGAGCGAGCGAAUUAUCCACAUUGUGUCUCAGUGUACACCAAAUGCAUUUGUUUUUCUCUAGUCUUAUUUGCACAAAAAAUCUUGGGUUAUUUUCAAUUAAAAACAGUCCGACCGAGUAAGUGAACCCAAAUGUAAUACAUAAUACAUUUGACGUGAUUUUGCUAACCAAUCUGAAGAAAUUUUGAAUUUUUAACAUAUUAAAGCAAUGAAAACAUCUAAAAUAUCGGGGGGGAAAAAAAUGCAAAUAAAUUUCCAGGAUUCGGGUUUAAACUUAAUAUCUUUAAGAUUAGAUAUAUAUCACCACUAGAUUGCGAUAUUAGUAAUGACAUACAUCGUAAUAUUAAAUUAUUUAAUAUAAACAUAAUAACCGAACUUCAAAUGGCUUUAACUUUAAUGAUUUCUGCCUUAUUAUUUUUAAAACAUUGAAAUGGAUUAGUUUUCGGGAAAAAAAAAUUGAGGAGGUGCUAAACUAGAUUUGUUCCCAAUAUUCAUUGAAGAGUUUACAAUAAUCCAUAUUAAAAUUUUAGAGUUUUCGCAUUUCUCUAAUUUCAUCAGUUAUAAUAUUCUAAUACAUACUUAUAUUAAAGCUAUGUGCUCUAAAAAAUUUAACGAUUUAAGAUAAUAAAAAAACAUCAAGUGACAUCUCUAAAAAUUGAAUUAUUCCAACUUAUUCAUAAAUAGAUUGGCGAGAGCGUGAUAAUGCGCAUAAUUUUAAAAAAAAUGUUCUAUUAUUAUAUUAUAUAGUGUUCUUUUUAAACCUAGAUUAUCUAGGUUACUUAGGUAUCUAUUUAGGUAGAUAUAAUAACUUGAAAGAAAACGGUAAACGGACAAAUUGUAAUUAUUUAAAACAACACAUUUUUAUAUUUUAAACUUUUGUAUAAAAUUGUAUUAUAUACCUAUUAUUUAUUACAAAAACAUGAUAGGUUCUUGGUAUUUAUAUAUGCCUAAUAUGUGUUAAUAUAAAUAUCAAUUGAUAAUAAAUUUUGAAAAUAACAUAAACAAUAUUAAGGAAAAAAACACGAAAAAAAUAAUCUAAUGGAAAAAUCUCAAAGAAAAAAAUUUGCCUAAAAAAAAAUCCCAAAAUGUAGUAUUUUUCUUUCAAACUAAGCAUAUAAGAAAGCAAAGGCAUUUAUACUGUUAAUUUUUCAUACUAAAUUAUUUUAUCUAUGUACUUACCAAUAUUAUUAUUAUUUUUAUUAUUUAUUAUUAUACAAUAUAUUAUCUAUUAUGAUAUUCCAAACAAUUGAGAAAAUUCAUAAAUAAUUUAAUAUAAUUUUUAUUUAGUAUUUUUUCCCGUUUAUCGUUUAAUAAUAAUGUAGGUAAGUUGCCAUUUAAAAAUAAAAAAUAUUUACCUAAUCUUAUCUCAUCACCGAAAAUAAUGGUUUACUCAAUACGCUCAUUAAUUUAACUUGGAAGGGAAGGAAAAUAUAUAUAUAGUAUAUUAUAUCAAUUUUGAUAAGGUAUUUUUCUAAGUUGCCUCAGAAAAAUUAUUAAAUAGAAAUUAUCUAUUAUUUUCACCCAACAAAGAUACGUUCAUCCCAACGUAUUCUUCAUACUUAACAUCUCUUAUACUCCCAAAGUCACUUAUUUGGACAUAACCCUAGAUGCCGAAUUUUGUUGGAAACCUUAAAUAGCAUCUUCAUCAGCAUUCGUUUCCAAAUGGUCAAACUUCCUUCCUUCCUUGUCAAACUUCAAUGUCCGGCAUCUAGUGUGACUUUGGCGAACUUACGGUUUGGGCGUCAGGCGUUUCCGCCAAAGAAACAUAAUUUUCGUUUCCGCCAAAAUGAAAGAGGUUCGAUUUUCGUUUUCCGCCAUAUCUAUUUCUACCUACCCAUCUUAAUUAAAUUUUUAGAUUCAUUUAGAGUUAGGAAAUUAGGAAAUAUUUGUUUGAACUGAUUUGUAUGAAAAAUUAAAUUUUGAACCUAUCAAUUAAAAUCAUUUUUUUUUAUCACGUUUAUUCAUUAUGAAUUCUAUUUUAAAGAUAUAUAUAUACAUACAUCGAUAUACUCAGGGUUAAGGGUUUAACGAAUUAACAUGUCUACGUUGUCGUAAUAGUCGAAAUUUUCACAGUUGUCUCUAAGCCCGAUAACACACACUAUUUAAACAUGAUAUAGAUAAGAUAAUUUUAUAUACAUAUAUUUAUAAUAGGUAGGAAUUACUACGCGUAAAAUCGAUUAUUUCGAUUUACAUCGAUAACACUGUAUAUAGACUAGGGGUUCUUAAACUUCAUCUCAAUAAUAUAGGUAGAAAUAAAUUUGGCCCUUUUUCACUUUGGCGGAAACGAAAUUUAAGUUUUUCGGCAGAAACGAUGACUGUCCCUCCAGUCUGUACCCUUCAUUUCACUGAAAGCACCUGCAAUUUCUCCCAUAUUUUCUUUUACUGCCAUUCCCUUCACUUACCGCGUGUUAAGCUACUCAAUUCCCUUACAUUCUUUAAUAUCCUCCUCAAUCUUAAUUCCGAGGAAGUUAUCUAUAUAAAUAUUUCUUUCACCUUAUCACAAUAAUUGAGCUGUCAUAGUUUGACUAAAAACUAAUAAAAAAUAUAUCAAUUGUUAUCGCGGAUGCAACUCGGACAAAAUAUCUUUUACGUACGCAAUUCGAAUGCACCGAUGAUUUUAUGGUACUCACAUGGACUUUAUUUUUUUAUCUCACUUUAUGACUAUAAAUUAAUGUAUAGGUGAGAAGUUAGGAAAGUAUAAAAAGCAUCUAGGAGAUUUUAGCGAAUUGUUUUCGACGAAACAAUUUAUUUAUUUAUUUGGAGUAAAAAUAAUACAAAAAAAAAAAAGAACGUUAAUAUGUUAAUGCAAUAAUAAUAAUAACAAUAUUAAUAUGUGCAUGUCUGUAUAAGUAAUAGGUACGAGUUAUACGAUUAAUAGUCUAUACCAGUCAAUAAAUAAAUAAAGCCACAUGUCAAGUCACUGUGUAUGUAUAUACAGUUAAAAAAAAAUACAGAACUUUAUAUUUUAUAUACUAAUAAAAAUUUAAAAACAAUGUUGUAUGACAAAUGUUUUGGAUACCUUUUAGAUAUUUAAUAUAACUUAUUAAGUCUUCGUUUGAAUUGUUGUUCACCAUUUUUUAUAUUUUCUGUGGUUUUCCAUUUUAAUUUUUGUUGUUCUGCUUUACCAGCCUCAACAUAUGCUACUUUUAAUCAAGUUAGUCUACAUUUUAUUUUGAAUACACAUUUCAAAAUAUCUUACCGAAAUUUGCUUAGAAUUGUUUUUCGUAAGCAAUGAUUUAUCAUUGCAUACAUGGUAUAUAUGGUAACCACAAUGAUGAAGUUUCAAUAUCAAGUUCAAGAUUAUCUAAUAUUUCACUAUAGUCACUAGAUUAACCAAUGCUGUAAAAUCUGAAGGUUUUUUAGCAACAUACUCAAUUUCAAUCUAAAAAAUAAAUAACAAAAAAUAACCAAUAGUGUAUCGCAACAAAAAUAUUGUAAUAAUAUCUACUUCAUUAGGAGAUUCAUUAGUAAAUAAAUCUAACUUUGUUAUUAUUUUCAAGACACUGUGACACAUAAAACUACACAUUAGUGAUUUUUCUAGUGUUGACUUAACUGUAAUUGGUAUAUCUGUGAAAAUAAUUUUCAAAAUAAAUGUAUUAACAUUUUACUAAAGACAUUAACUUGUAAGAUUCCUGAUUAAAUUUAUAUAAUAAUGUAUUUUUUUUUUUUUAUUACACUUCUGAAGGAAAUGAAAUUGUUUUUAAUAAAUGUUGAGUAUUUAACAAUAUAUUAAGCUCCUUCAACAAUAUUCCAUUAAUACUUUUAGUCCCCUACACAAAUUUCUUGAACUUCAUUAUAUUCCAUAUAUGUUAAGAUCUUAACACAUAAAAUUUUAGAUUCUGAGUGGAGCAAGAAAUGUAUUGGUUUUACAAUGUUUAUUAUUGUUUUUGUUUUUUUUAUCAGUGAAUGAUUUUUAUACCAGCUUUUUGCUCUGAUUUACAAUGAUAAAAACCAGGGAAAAAAUUGCAAAAACGAGAAAAUCGAUAAAAUAUUAAACAAUUAUUAUAAAAGAAAAUAAAUAAUGCAUAUGUUAUUAUUUUAUCAUAUUAUAUAUUGUUGACAAAGCAACACUAUCAACCGAACUUCGAGCCAAUAUCACUAUUAGCUAAAAAUAUCAAUACUCUGAAACAAUAUUUAAAUAGUUUUUUUAUGUAUUUUAAAUUUCACAACAAUAGAUUUUUAUAAUAUAAUAAUAAUAAUAAUAAUAUUCAUAUCAUUAAAUUAUUUUUUUUUUUGAUUAUCCCAAUCAUUAACUAAAAUAUUGGAUUUUGUCAACUUUUAAGCUAAACAUAGGCUGGCCUGAACAUGUUAAAAGUUAAAACUAUACCAACUGCGCUAUUUUGCAUCUAAAUAGUUAAUUUAAGAAUACCUAUUACAACAAAUAAAUUACAUGAACAUAAUAACAUAUUAACAAAUGGGUGUGAAUUUUCCAAAAGUGUGGUAUAAAAACCACCAGCUUAAAAGUCAACAGACUACACUAACAAAAUUUUUUUAAAUAUUAAUAAAUAAAAAUAUUUGUAUUCAUAUUUUUUUAGUUGCAUGAUUUAACAAUAAAUUAACACAAUCUAAUUUUAUCAAAUUAUUAAUAAAUUAUAAUUAUAUUACUCUUAAACAGAGAUUAGACAUCUAAAAAUAUAUUCAAAUACAUUUCUGUAGGUAUGUAAAAAAAAUAAAAAUAAAAAACUCUUACUUAAAUAUAAAUCAAAUAAAUGACAUUGAUGAGCUUUUAACAAAGAUAUCCAUAACGGAACAUAGUUAGUACUUUUGAUUAUAAUAAAUAUAUUAUAUUAUAUAAUGUAUAUUCUUCUAUUAUAUCAGCAUCAAUUGCUGCACGGUGUAAACAAGAUUUUAUUAAUGCCACAUAAACUACACAAAAAAAAUGAUUAACGUUACUCAUUUUAGAAAAAUGUUUUAAUUAUUCAUUCAAAAUAUGUCCAUGAGACAAUGUUAAACAGUAUAUAGAAGUAAUUAUAGCAUUAUUUAUAUUGAUUCGCCAUUCAGAAUUUGGCACAGCAGAUAUAAAAUCAUUAAAACAAUAAAUGCUUAAUUUUUGAAUAAAUAAAACUUGAUCAGAGUUCAAUGAUUUUAUAUUUCGUAUAAUCAGUGAUAAUAAAUUUAAAUAAUUAGCUGCAUUUGGAUCAAACAAUUUUUUUUUCAAACCCACAACUAAAUUAAACCUUGUUGAUUAAUAAGAAGCUUAUAAAUUAUUGUGAGAAAAAAUAUACUUUAAAUAUUUUUCAUCAGCUUGCAGAGAAAGAAUCUUGAAUAUUUCAUUUAAAUUUUCUUCUCCUAAAAAAUUAUAACAUGGUUCUGAUAACCACCCAAUACUUCUUACUAUUACAGCUUGUUCUUGAAAAUUUAAUUUGUGAUCAUAUAUUUUAGAUUUAAGAAACAAUCAUAAUUUAAAAACAACACAGAAAACCAGCAAUUUAAUAAUUCUAUAAUAUAUAAUGUUUAUAAUACAGUAGAAUAUUAUUACAUAAUUUAAUUAAAAAGAGUAUGUUGUGUUAACAUUUGAAAAAAUAUUUUUUUAAAUUUAUACUUUUAUUAAUUCUCAUUGAACAUUUUCAAUACUUGGUUCAAUAUUGAUUGAAUUUCUUGAAAAUUUGAUUAUAGCCCCUUUAUAGAGUGUUUCAAAUGAAGAUAACCCAAUUUUUUUUAUCUUCUAAAUUUGGCAAUGAGCACCAAUCCUAUACCUUUUUUGGAAACCAUACAAUUUCAGCUGAAUCUUUGAAUAAUAACUUUAAAAAUAGUUGAACAUGUUUUUGAAAUAAAUUUAGGCCAGCUAAAACUUAAACUUUUUUUUUAUAUUGAAGAUAUACUUAAAAAUGUUUUAUUGUAUUUUACUUCAAUUAAUAAUGUGUGUUUUAUUAUCUUCAACUGUGUCAAUUAAUUUUUUUAAUAUUUCAUAAAAACGAACACAAUAAUCACAAUUUUCUAUAUGGUUCGCAAAAUUAUUUAAGAAUCCUGUUAAUCCAUUUAAAUAACCGAUAGCUACUGGCAGUAAAAAUUUCGCGAAUAUUUUUUUCUCGUAUAUCUAUCUAUAAAAUUGCACACCAUAAAUUGUUUUCAAAAUAAAUAAAUAAAAGUAAAAUUAUUAACUUAGUUUUGUAGUUCAUAUAAAAAUAAAUUCAUGAGUUUAUCUUUAUAAUAUCUUAAAUACAUCGGAUGAUAUUGAGCAAUUACUCCAAAUAGAUUAUAUACAUGCUGACGAACUACAAAUGAUUAAAAUAGAAAUAAAAAAGUUAAUAUAGUAAAAUAUGUAUAUUUGUACAAUCUCAUCUCAUAUUACCUGUAGCUGUUAUUUUUUCACCUAAUGAUACUUCAUUAUUCAAAUGUUCUAUAAUUUUAACAAUUUCAAUUUGGUCACUAAAAUCAUUUAACUCAAAAAGUUUCUCAUAUAUUUGAUAGGUUUUAAUACUUAUGUCUGCACUUUUUUUUGUAGUUAUGAUAUAUAAAGUACAUAAUUCCUAUAACAUAUUUGAUAUUAUUAUUAUUUUUUUUUUCAAAAUAACAAUCUACGAGUCUAGUGCCAGCGUUAGGUUUUGUGGAGCCCUGGUCAAUGUUUAAGUAUAACUAAUAAUAAUUGUAUGUCUAAAUAAUAAUAUUAAAACUAAAACAAGUGCAGAGCCUUGGACUUAUAUCCCAGUAGUCCUCUCCUAGCGCCAGCACUGGUCAUUACAAUAUCCUAUUAAUGUGUUUGUUAUAGCUAAAAAGCAGUUUUAUUAAACCAAUGCUUAGUGCUAAAAAACAUGUGACAGGAAACUAUUACAAAACUUUUAGUGAAUUUAUAAAUUUGUAUUUACUAUUAUUAAUUUAAUGUAACAAACAAUUUUUGUAGGAAAUAAUUCUAAUAAUUGAAGAAAUAAAAAAUAGGAUGUCAGACAUAAUCACUCUAGUGUUUGAAUCUAAGCUAAUAACAAUUUUUGCAUAUUUAACAAUUCCUUUACCGUCACCAAAUAAUGUUUUGAGAGCUACUUCUAUAAAAAAAAAAAAAAAAAAAAAACAUCAAAUUUAAAUUUUAACUAUAGGAUAAUAGUUGAAAAUAUAAUUAAAACAAUGUGUAGCACUUACAUAUCUACAUAAAUAUUUAUUUAACAAAAAAUAAAUAAAUUAUAAAUAAUUAUCAAUUAGAUCUGGCAAUUAAUGUUGUAUAAUUAUUAUUUAAUUUUUAGUUAAAAAGAAUAAACUGUUAACAAUUUUAAAGAUCUAUAGAAGCUAUGACUAAUAUAAGUGCAUAACCUAGUAGUAAUAUCCCAAAGUUUAAAAAUACUGUAGACAUUUUACAAUAACAUUAAAGGGACUAAUUAUUAAAUGUUAAUUCCAAUUCUAUAGAGGGUACACAUUAUAGUAUUGUAAGUAAUGUCAUAUGAAAUGUUUCUAUUGUAAAAUUUAAUUGACUUUAAUUAGUUACUUUUUCCAGAUAAAAUUGUAUGUCUUUUUUGUGGAGGAUAAAUAGGUUAUUGAUGUGGAUAAAAUGUGAAUAUUAUACUACUCUUAACUAUCAGAAAAAGUACCAAAUAUAUAUUUUAAAGUAUUUUUGUUAGCUAAUUUAUAAAUGUUUUCGCACAAAUUUACACUUUUUCUACAUAGCAUUCAGUUUUACAAUCAUUUUCAAAAACCAAAAUCAUCUGCUAUUUACUUAUUUAACUGUCCUAAUGAAUUGUUUUAAUUAAUCAUAAUAGUUAUUUUCCGCACUAACUUUAAUAUCCCAUUUCAAAACAUAAGGGGUAAUAUUAGAAGAAUUAAUCAAUUAAAAAAUUAAAAGAAUCAUUUUUUAGUGGUUACCUAUCCAUAAGAAAUUAAAAAACUAUGAAAAAUGUCAAUUUUCAAGAUUCAGCAGUUAGAGUACUGAAGACAGUCAGUUUCUUCUUUUAUAUAUGAAUUUAAAAAUGAGAACUUAAUUUGUUAUAUACAAAUACAAAUAACUACACAACAUAAAUUACUCCUUUCUAUAAAUAUUAAUUGUUAUUUCUAAAAUAGGGAACAUAAAAUUGGAAAAAAAUAUAGUCACAUAGGUAACAUACACCCAUUAGAUUAAGUCACUGGAGACCUUACUUUGGGUAUAUGAUUGUUAAUAGAGAGAUUGUUAUAGUGUCCAAACCAUUUCCAAACACGGACCUGUGGCACUAUCGAAUAGGCAACUAAACCGAUACAAAAUGAAUAAACCAUUUUACAAAAUUCAAAGAUUAAGAAUAUAAGCUCAAUUUGCACAUUAAGUCAUUAGACAUUAAAAAAUCACCAGAAUUAAUAGAUGUAAUGUCACUUUUGAAAUAUCGAUCAAUUUGAGCAAUAUGUUGUUGGGCAGCUUAAACAUUCAAAUUCAAAAAACUUUUGCUUUUUGUGAUAUUUGAGUACAAUAUACAUAAAUGUAACUUAAUAUUUGACAUUUUGCACAAAACGUUUACAAAAAUAUUUGAAAGCCGUUAGAUCUUAAACAUUUUAAAAACACAAUGUAAAUUGGGGUUUAACUUCAUAUUCUGCAAAGUAGAAAAGAAAUAUUAAAUUAUUGUAACUGAAUUAUAAACUAUAAGAUAAAAUCGAUUUAAAUUAUUCUUUGUAACUUUGAAGUUUGAGUAGAAGACAAUUAAUAUACUUACAAAAUGUUAAUAAAACAUUUAUUUUUUUGUAUAACUAUAUUAGCGUACCAAACUUAAAAUUUGUAAAAUCUAGAAAAUUGAAAACCAGUAGAACUAUGAAAUAAACGAUAAGAUAUGGCCGUGGAUAAGACUAUGAGAGCAUACCAGUAUAAAUAAUACCACAAAUAUUUAUUAUAUUACGUAAAGACCAUAGACAUUUAUUAUACUCUUUGUCUAUGGUAUAGACCAAGGUUUAUAGAUAAUAUCUUAUAAGAUUAUUAUAUUUAUAUAAUCUUUAAACAUUGCAUAUGGCCCACGGAUUAGAUAUUUUUUAAUUCGUGGUAUAGAUCACGAAUUAAAAUCUUCAGCCCGUUCUCACCAACAUAAACAUUGAUUAUUAAACUUUAAUAUUUUUUAUAAGGUAAUCGACCAAUAGUGGUCGGUAAUCAGCCAUAAACUCGGUUUAAAAAUCAGAUAAACGCCCUUCUUUACGUUGGUAAUAACGGCCCUUAAAAGAUAAAGUCGAACAACUUCCUAUCCUCCCGCCUAUUACAAUAUCUCUGCUUAAUGAGGAAAAAUCGAUACAAAAACCUUUUUUGUUUUCUAAAUAACUGUAACUUUUUUAAUAGUUCAUAAAUCAAAAAACUCCUAUAACAUCCCCUCCAAAAUAUUAUUCCCUUUAAAUUUCAUGAUAUUAUGUACUUUUACUCUAAAAUCGAAAUUAAGCUUUGCAUGUUAUAUCUGGUAGUUUGACUAAGACAGUUGUAAUUGUGGGUAUAACGUCCUCUUAACAUACAUUGUUGUUUAGGUUGGAAUUUGACUUGAAACAAUUCGCCACUAGAAAAUAUUUAAAUAAUACAACCAAGUUAGUUUUUUCUUUUUUUAAAUGGCUGACUUUAGUACGACAAUUUUACAAUAAGUUUAGUUAGUUAUAUUGGGUAUAACCUCUUAAGAACUAAUAAUAUAAUUAAUAACUUUAUUAAUAUAUAAUUUACUACGUCCGUCAGAGUAUUAAAAAAUAAAUAUCGAUUCUUGUAAUUAGUUUAAUGGUGGGGUUUACGUUACCUACCCUGUUUCACCAUGGAGGUCAAUCCUAAUAGUAGUAAAUUUUAAUUUACAUCGCAUGUUGCGAAAUAAAACGUUGCUAUAUUUCGUUUACUGGUUUUUCAAAAUUAUUCGGAAUUAUUUCACGUGGUCUAGGUAUAUGCAGGUGUCAUAUUACUGCGCCGUAAAGAUUUUUACACCGAAGUUAUAUUUACAGGCAGUGCUUGAAUAUUGGGAGGGCAUAAGGGGAUGGAGCUCCCCUAUAUUUUUUCUAAUGUAUCCUCACUAAUUAUUUCUAUCGGGAAGAACGAAAAGGUACACUUCUAUGAGUAAAUGAUAUUUAAAAAUAUUUAUUCCAUUAACACAAAUAAAUUCCAAAUUUUUUUUUGUAAUUUAUUGUUAAGUUAUCCUUUUUUUGUAUUGUACAUUGGCGACAUUGUAUUAUGAAAUAAGUGAUAACUGAUAAGCAGGAUUAACGAUAACUUAACGAUACUAAGUGUCUCCAAUUAGUUGAGGACGUUAAGGUAUAAAAUUGUAUCGAUCUAAAUACGUAUGUGUCAUUUUAUUACUCUAUGAUAUGGGUAUUGUCCAAAGAUAAUACAUGUAUUAUCUAUGGUAUUGCUUUUUUAAAUACUGGCACUGAACUAUAUGCCUUAUAGUUUAUAGUUAUAUACUAUAUAUAUAGUUCAGUGAAUUCUGGUAAUCUGAAAAAAAAUCCCUGUAAAUAAAUCCCGAAAACAACUAUACUGUAAAUAAUAAUGGCGAAUUUGUCGUUUUAAAAACGAGUUUUGCGUUUUAAACACGAUAACGCUUGGAAUCAUAACACAUUGUUUUACGUGGUACGCGACACACGUAAUCGGUGUACGACGCGUUUUAGAACGAAUAUCAAAACUAUAAUAACAAUAAAACUACAAAUACGUCUGAACUAGACGAGGUAUUUUUAUUUGAGGAUUUAGUGAACGCGAGCAAACUGCGCUAGUGUAGUGCGCGCAAAUCGUGCGUUGACACCACGAGGUGCAAAACGCUCUUGUGUGGCGCGGCCUUAAAUUAGUGGCAGUUUUGUUAUGGUGCGCCUAUACACAUACUUAUAUUUUUCAACUCAAUAUUUUAAUACAUAAUUGUUUGCAUAAUGCAUAAAUGUUAUUGAAGUAACUGAGUGAUAUUACUCUAUGCAAGAGCGUAUCCAGAAAUGUUUCAUGGGGGGUCAGCGUAGAUUAGGAUUCCCGACAGAUUUAUGUAUGAUGAUAUACAUAUUUUUAUAAUGACAAUACAUUUUUGAAUUACAGCGAUAAUCACUAUGGUUCAAUAAGUAAAUUAUAAAUGUAUAGUUGGCCGUUUGAAUCUGCACAAUAAUUUAGUUCGUAUGAAAUGGUCAUACUGUAAAAUUAGUAUUCAGUUUUUUCCUUAAUUUGUUGACAAAACGGCGCCUCAUAAUUCCAUAUUUCUAUAUUACUCUAUGGUUUUGAUGCAAUAAUAACGAAUAGAGAAACAAUGUUUUUCUCUCUUAUUUGACACAUAGAGUAACUCUAUGAUUUGACAAGGAAAGUAAUGAUUGUGCGUGAUAUUGUGUAAGAGAGGUGCGCAGUACAUUAGUGAUAACAAAUACUAUAGUAUCACCUUUGUUUUCAUACAAAUUUGCGUUCAAUACAAUAUCCAUAUGUUUAAUAGUAUAUCCAUGUGUAGGUACGAGUUCACCAAUGAACAAUCACAAAUUGCAAUGCGAAGUUGCCAUAAUAUCUACUACAUGUAUACAACCAUUUAGCAUGUCUACAACUACUACAUACACAUAGAGACGGUGUUAAAAGUCGUGUUUCGUGUACCUGUCGCCCGUGAAUUGACUUGCCAUGGAUCAUGAAUAGAAUAUUUUUGAUAAUAUAACAAUUCAGUUAUAUGUGUCGUACAACUACUAACUGCCGAGGACUGAACACAGACUUUAUCAUGGAACAAAUGACGCUUUGACGUAAUCGUAUAAACUACUACACUAUAUAUACAAAAAGAGAGUUUUUUUCACGAUACAAAUAAUAAUAGAUGGUAAAUUUAAUUGAAUUUAUUUUAUUAUUAAUAUAUAUCUUCGACAUCCAAUUCAUUGGUUUCUACUGUCAACUGGAAGCUACAAUAUAUCAUUGACUGAAGAUCGUAAAAUCGACUUUUAAACGUUUCGUUAUUGUCGUUAGUGCGUAUAGCCCUCUGAUCAAAGAUGACAGGUAAGUGUUCUUACCUACCAUUCCUUUAUUUCUGGGGCAUGCACAUUUUGUUCGUAAAAUCAGUGCGAAGUUCCCGUAAUCAUUUUUCGACAAUUCGAUACUAAUUAGCACAAUAUAUUUAUUUUAGAUAUUUGUAACAUAUAUAUAUAUUGUAGAAAAUUAAUCAAAAUAUUACGUUUACUGUCUAUGAUUUGUAUCCGAGAAUCAAGACCAUAAUAUUUUUAAUGAUUGGUCACUGAGGCAUAAAUUAAGAUUAUACACUUACGUUUUCAGGCCAGUCUAGAGUUUAAACUGGCAAUAUCUAGUAACGCUAUGAAGACUAUUUCAUAUACCACCCAUAUAUUUUAACUGUUACACUGGUCUCCCCUUUUUGAAUUCAGGAUUUUUUUAAUACUACCACUAUUUAGUACAUAAUUUGUUUUAUGACAAUAUUUUGUUUCGAGUUUAUUGUCAAAUUUACAGUUUUGUCAUUAAUGUAAUAAUAAAACUUGCAGGUUUUAAUUUAUAAUAUAUAAUUAUUAAAACAUUUUUUAAAUAGUUUGUUGAAAACCAUUGAUGUUAUACUAAAAUACAAAAAUUUAAUUAUUUACAUUGACGAAAUCCAAAAAAGAUAAACAGUUAAAAAUACCUAGGUAUUUAUAAUAUUUUCCUAUAGUUGAUUGUUGAGAUUAGUAUGGUAAAUAUAUUCAACAAAAAUGAUGGUAUUAGGAAAUUAAAAAUGCAUUUUAUACAUGUUUAAAAUAUAGGGGUUAGAUGAACAUUUAAACAACCUCCCCUCUCAACAGUUAUUAAAGUUAUAACAAAGUAAGAAGUGUAAACAAAUUCUGGAACAUGUCAACAAAUUACGUACUAAAUGGUGGGAGGAUUAGAAAAUCCAAAAGGAGGGUACUACUAGUAGUGUAACCUCUGUUACCUAUAUUUUGUUUUAUUGUGUAAUACAAAUCGUAAAGAAUAAUAAUAAGUGCAAUAGUAUUGAAAAUCAAAUUAUGAAGAAGCUUAUAAUAUAUUGUAAAACAUUGAUGUAUACUAUUGAAUAUUGUGUACAAUUGAAAGGAAGCUCUUUAAUUUAUUGGUCCUUGCUUUUGUUGAAAUUAUUAAUCUUUAUUAUAUUAUACUGUAAAAUAUUACCCUUACAUAUUAUAUUUUUCAAUAAAAAGUUCAAUUUUAACCAAAGCCCUGUAAAAUAUAUAUUAAUUAAGUGUAAAAACUUAUUAGACUGAGGCCCUCAAAAUCUAUUAGAAGCCUUCUUAUCUGGUAAAAACCAAAAAGUCAGUUUUCAUUUAUUUCCUUAAUUUCAGUUGAUAUUAAUUAUUUGUUUAUUUUCACAAAUUAUAUUUGCCUAUUCUAAACAUCCUUGCCAUUAAUUAGUGUGGAUAAUUAAAGUUUUACUGUAUACCUAUUAAAUACGAAUGAAAUGUAAAAAUAUGAAAAAAAAACAGCCCUGUAUACUUAUAUAAAUUGUGCGUAUUAACAAUAUUAUUUAUGGUUUUAAUUUAAAAAUUAUGAUUGGAGACUUAAGUUUUUUUUACAUUUUUCUACAAUAUUGUAUUUUUUAUAGUUAUUUUAUCAUUAUAUUUUUAUCUGCUCAUAUUAAUUCUUUCUUAAUUUUUCUUAUUAUUCAUCAUAUCUUUGUCAAUUAACAAAGAAUCAGCACAACAAAUAUUUUUGAAUAUUAACCUCUAAAACAAUUUUUGUUUUUUUUUUUAACUUUUAUUGAGUAACCAAAUCACCUCUCUAAUCUUUUUAAUAAAAAAACUGCAGUUGAACUAACUUAAGUACAUUUUCAAAUGUUUAUUUUUAAAACUUUUGAAUAAAUGUUAAUUAUAUCUAUUCAUAGAUAUAAUAAUAUAUGAUUUUAAUUUGACUGUCUAGAUCAUAAUUAUUGUGAUAUCGAGACACUAACAGAAUCUACUGAAGAAUGUAGUAGUCAAAAUGAUAUAAUAAAUAUAUCAGAUGACCCUGAUUAUGAAGAAGACCUUAAAUCUGGACCUCAGACAAGACUUAAAACAAAAAAACAGUUAAAACAAACCCAAUCCACUUGGACAUUAGUCCGUACUGCUCCAGGUUUAAGACCAAAUUGCUUUAUUUUUUAUGAUGGAGAUGGAUAUGCUUAUCACAACCAUAAAAUUGCUAACAAUAAAAAGUAAUACAACAUUUAAAUAAAUUGAGUUAUUAUUCAAUAUUAAUAUAUUUUUUCAAGGUAUCUAAAGUGUACACAAAAAAGUAUAAAAAAUAAACCAUGCCCGGCCAGAGCAGUUAUUAGAAAUGUUGACGACAUGAUUCGUCAUUCAGGGGAACCACAUACUCAUAAACCAAGAAACUAUGAAGAAGAUUUAUUAAAAAGAAAAUUUUUGAUGAUAAUUAGAGAGAGAGCGAUCAAUGAAACUACUUCAAACAGAACAAUUUUUGAUGAAGAAAUUAGAAAGUAAGUUUAACAAGUAUAUUAACAAUAAUCAGGGUUUGGAUUUUAUAACAUUUACUAAUUAUUGUAUGACUCGGAUUAAAAAAUCAGUAUAAGUUACAAAUUUAUAUUAUUUAUCAGGUAUUCCUUAUAUAUAAUUUUAUAUUUCAUAUUUGAAACCAUUUAGAUUUUAAAAGAUAUUUUCCAAAUUAAAUUAAUAAUUUUUUCUAAUAUGCAUUAAGUGUGAUUUAUUUUGUGUUAAUUAUAAAUUUUAUUUAAAUUGAAUGAAAAUAGUAGAAAAAGUUUUGUAUUAAAAUAAUAAUGUUUUAUUGUAACCAAACAAUGAGCAUAUUCUUUUACAUAAAAGUUACUAAACCCGUGUUAGCUAAUGCAUGUUGUGGAGUUGAGAGUUCAAUAAUUAGAUUAAAUUUUUAGGAUGUAAGAUUUGCUACAUAAAAAAAUUAAAUAAUUAUAAUCAAUAACCUAAAUCAGAAAAAAAAAUACAAUAUACCUAGAUAAACAAAUAUAGAUAAUAUAAAAAGCAAUAUAAAUGGCAUACAAAAUUAAGAGAUGUAUUAUAUAUAAGAUGUAUAUAUGGAUUAAUACUUAAAUAGAUUUUGCGAUCUCAAGCAUGUUGAUGUAAUUUAUAUACAUUUUUCCAAAGUGUUCAAUCUCGUAGACCACUAUUCUUAUCAAAAAUUUAUACUGUCUUGGUAUCAGCGAUCCAUUUUUCUCUUGGCUCGAUUCUCCUUUUCUCUUAUCGCUUAUAAAUUUCCAAGCCCCAUCUCGUACCACUCACUGUUCUGUCUCCUUCCACAUUCUAAGCUCCUCUUCUAAUUAAAUUGACAAUUUUUUUGCUUGUCUCAUGCGAGCUGCAAUUAACAACCCCUCCUUUUCCUUCUAAUUAUAUUUAUUAAUAUUGUUAUUUAAAUAGAUACUAAGUUUAUGCAUGAAAAAAAAAAAAAUUGGUUUUUCAAAAUAAUAUAACAAAUAACAUAAAUUAGUUUAGUUAAUUUUAAGCCUCUAUGUUAGUUAAGUAAUUAUUAAUACCUAUUUGUAUUUUUGGGCUUCAGCCUGUAUUGAUUAAAUAAUAAAUAAAUAAAUAAUAAAUAAAUAAAUAAUACAUUUAAAACUAAAUGUAAGAUUCUGCAUUUUGCAAUUUUCUUAAAAGUAUUUUAUGGUUUAUUGAAUCAGAAGCUUUUUUAACAUCAAGAAGUACUCCUAUCACUUGUUUUUUUUUUUUAUCAAGAUUUUUGUGAAUGGAGUAAUUUACUAUAAAAUGGGAAUUAUUAGUAGAUCUACCAUUUAUAAAAUCAUACUGGUUUCUAUCAAAAAAUAUAUUUUUAUCUAGAAAUCUCACAAGUCUAAAUUGUAUGCAUUUUUCUAACAAUUUAGAUAGUGAUAAAGUGAGAUAGAACAAUAAUUGUUACAAUCCAUUUUGUUUCCAUUUUUUUUUAAAGUUGGAGUAACUACAAAUUGUUUAAAUAAAUUUGGAUAUAUACCAGAUAACAGGAGCUAAAUUAUAUAUUAACAUUAAAGGAAAGGAGAUUGUAUCUGAUAUCUUUUUAAGAAUUAUAUUUUGUAGUCCAUAUUCAAAAAAUGAAGAGUACGGUUUAAUUGAAUUAAUGUGUUUUUAAUUUUAGAUUCAUUUAUAGGAUUUUAGGAAAAUGCUACCAUUCACUAUUGAGUCUUUAUUCAAAUUAAAAUUUAUGUUUGUAAUUUUUCGAGAAAUAAUGUUAUCUUCAAUACUUUUUAGCAUUUUAAUAUCCAGGUACUGGUAAUAAUAAUACAUGUACAAAACUCUAAAUCCUCAAAAAUUACAAUUUAAACAAAGUAUCAUACUAUUAUUUAAAGGUUUAAACAAGAAUUUUUUUUUAUGAAAUUCAGGUUUUAUAUUAGGUACAUUAUAGUUAUAAUUAUGUCUUAACUAACUAUUAAGUUUUUAUUUCAACAAAUGUAAUAAUAAUUUUAUAUUUUUGACAGAAUACCACAACUAAAAGGUAAAAUAUCGUUUUCAAGUACUGCAAGAAGAAUGCAAAGGUUUCGACAACCACAAAAAAUACAGGGUCCACUUUUUCCAAUAGAAGAUGAUGAACUUAUUGAUGCAAUCAACGAUUACAAAAAUAUUCCUGACGAUACUAUUAGUAACAAGGAUAAUACAAAAGAUAAUACAAAAGAUAAUAUAAAAGAUAAUACAAAAGAUAAUACAAAAGAUAAUACAAAAGAUAAUACAAAAGAUAAUACAAAAGAUAAUAUAAAAGAUAAUACAUUUGAUGCCACGAACCAUAUGGAAGUUAUAGAACUUGAAGAUGAUACCUAUAUGCAUAAUGAUUAUAUUGGUGAAAAUAAGAAUUUGAAUGAUAAAGAUGUCAGUGAAAAAGUUUUUAAAAAGGAAAGGGAAAAAUCUGUUAAUAUGUAUUGUAAGUUUUGGUAUAUUAAUAAUUUAAAUUUAUCUAAUUUGAGCAUAUUUUAAUUAUAUUUAAUUAUUCAGUUGCAUUAAAUUUUUGCUUUAGGUUGUAUUUAUUGUAAUAAGUGGCAGGAAGCUCAACUUUAUGAAUUUUUACCCAAUCCAAUCUCUAAAACAAUUGAGUUGAAAGUAGAAAAACCAAAUUUAGAUAUAAUACCACCUAUUGACCGUUCUAGUGUAGUAGUUUCUAAUACUCCUGAAAAGAUAGCAUUAAAUUAUAAUCAAAAUACUACUCCAAAAAGUUCUAAAACUGAUGACAAGUCUCUUUUAAAUAAAAAUGUAUCUCAAAAAACAGUUGUAUCUCACAAUACAGUUGUAUCUCACAAUACAGUUGUAUCUCACAAUACAGAUGUAUCUCACAAUACAGAUGUAUCUCAAAAUACAGAUGUACCUCACAAUACAGAUGCAUCUCAAAAUGAAAAUACUAACGAUUCAUGUAAUCGGGAUAAUCUGAAAAUGGAAGAAGAUACUAUCAGUAAUAAAGAAACUGAACAUCCAGAAACAUCUGGAUUGAGUAAACCACUAAUAAACAAACAAAAUAAAAAAAGAGUUAGAAGUAAAUUAGGCUUUGCCCAAAUGCGAAUUGAUUCAACAGUAUAUUUUGAUAAUAUGGGUUAUAGUUAUCAGAUACAGAAUGAAAAAAAUGACAAAAAGUGAGUCAUUAAUAUUAUUAAAUUAUUCAUAAAUUAAAUUAGAACUUGAUUACAAUUAAUAAUUAUUAAUAGGUAUUUAAGAUGUAUUGUUUGGGGAAAGAAAAAAUGCCCUGGACGAGCCCAUUUAAAUAAAAAAACAUUGAAUAUUACUAGAUCUAGAGGCCAUAAUCAUUUACCAUCAUCUACCUGUGAUUCAGAGAAAGAAGCUCGAUUAUUUUUACAGUCUAUUAAAGAAAGAGCACAAACUGAAACUACUUCCUUGAGAACUAUUUAUGAUGAUGAAAUAAAAAAGUAAGUUAAACAUGUAUUAAGGGGGUUGGAAUACACCUAUUUUUUUCACAUGUUUUAAACCAAUAAGUGGAAAAUUAGUUACAAAUAAAUAGUUGUAAUGAGCUCAACGUAGGAAUAGGACUUGGAGGAAAAAUGUUUGAAAUACAACAAAUUCCAACUUGAGUUCAUAGAUAAUUAAUAUUUUCCAUGCAAAAACUACAAGUCUAAUAAAUAAAUUCACAAAAAUAAUACAAAUCCAAAUAAUUUAAUUCACAAACAUCGAAAAAUAUUUGAAGUCCAAUUUAAUUUCACACACAAAAAUAUUACAUGUCCAAUAAAAUUUCAUAAAACAGAGUGAUACAAAGUUACUUGCUUUUGAUCAUGGUGGACUCGUCUGAUUAGACGAUGAUUCAGGCGGCGUUAUAUAUAUAUAUAUGAUCCGAGGGACCCCCGUAACCCAUUGUUCAUAGUGUAGCUAUCUACAUUAUUUUGUUUAUUGUACAAUUUUAUAUGUCAAUUCUAAUGUUUUAUGUUUUAUGUACAAUUUGCAGUUGUAAAAGGGUACAUUUUACUAUUGUUUCGUUUUGCCCUUAUUUAGUGUUGAUCAAAAGGUUAAUAAAUUUCUUAGCCCUGGCUUUGGGUUAUGUUCUCUUAUGGAAUGGUCCCCCUUUUUCAAAUAAUUCAGCGCACACGCAAUUUAACAAAAUAUUUGCUACAGGUUCACACGCGUAUACUUGUAGUAACGUGUAAACACGUAACAUAGGCAUACUUCUCAAAGUUCAAUUUAAAUGUAUAUAAUUGCAUUUGCCUGGGUAGUUGUUUAAAAGGUUGAUUUUAAAUUUUGAAGGCAUCCAACAUUAAGCUAUUAUUUUUGAAAAUUCACGAAAUAUAACAUAUUACAUUUAUAAACACAUCAUUUUAAAUGAAUAAUUUGAUUUUUUCUUUUCCGUUUGGCGGAACACCUAUGAUGACAGACCUAUCACCUUAAGAUUAUUGAUGGACUGCGGACUAUUGGUUCAGAACCACUGGUCUAUAAUGUAAAAAUGGAAGCCUUAAAAUUAAGAUAGCUGUAAAAAAUUAAAUUUUACAAAAUUGGAGAAAUUAAAAAAAAUAUAUUCCGACCUCCUUACAGCUAAAGUUUAAAUAUGUUCUAGAUUUCCUCUAGCAUCCUCUGUUGUAAAUUAUGUUAAUGCUACUCGACGAAUGCAGCGAACAAGGAGACUUAAAAGUCAACCAGCUGCUGUUGAAUUACCAAAAGAAACACCAUUAUUAUUGUCUGUGCAAGUAAUACCUGGUACUAGACGAGGUACAUCUUUGUAUUUAGAUGAAUUAGGUUAUCAUUAUCAUAAUGAUACUUUGACUACUAAUGGAAAGUAUGUAUUGACUUAUUUUAUUAAUUGUAAUUGAUAUUAUUUUAAUGGAAAUACAUUUUAGGAUAGUAAGAUGCACUAAAAACAGAAAAACAACAACAGAAGAGCCAUGCCAUUCUAGAGGAUUCUUGCGAUCAUCUGGGGAUGGAUUUGUCAUAUUUCGGACUAAAAAUCAUAACCAUCCGCCAGGAAAUCUAAAAAGAAAUCCAAUGGAACGAUCAUUUAUUAGUACACUAUGUGAACGUGCCAGAACUGAUCUAAAUUUGACUCUUAAAGAUAUAUACAAUCAAGAAAUUGAAAAGUAAAAAGUUAAAAGAUAAAUUAAUAAUUGUACAUAAUAAUAUAUAUAUAUAUAUAUAUAUAUAUAUAUAUGUAUAUUUAUAUAUUGGUUGAUAUCCAAAUGGUAAAUUCAAAAUGUAUAAUAUUAAUUAUACAUUAAAUUAUUUUAUAUAUGUAAUAGCUUCUAAACUAGUAUAUUCAGUAGUAUGUUUUAUCAAUGAUCACGUGAUACAUUUUUGAGGUAUUGGACAGAUAUGUACCCUAUAUAACGAUUCCCAAAUUUUCUUGGUUUUCACAUCCCUAAAAGUAAAAAAAAAUUAUCACGCCUACCACGACUAAAUUAAUUACAAAUUUGUUUUAAGUUUUAAACAUUUUUAUUUUUAUGACAAAAUAAAUCUGAAUAAAAAUUAAAAAAAAUCAAAAUAAAUAGUUUUAUUUUUACAAAGAAAAAAAACAUUGAAUCAGUAUUCAAUCAUAAUGUGAACAAUGUGUUUGUUUUCUAUUUAACAAGUUGACUGCCGUGAGUAAAUUAUACACGGUUUAUGCCCUUGUCAUUCAUAUUUUAGAUUCUAAGCAGAGCAAGGAAUGUAUUGGUUUUAGAUUGAUGUUUUUUUUUUCUAUGAACAACUUUUGUUUCAAUUUUUAAGUGUAGCAUUUUUUCUGAAAGAAACUUGGAUGGUAUUUAGGGAAGCAAUUUUUGAUUUUUCCAGGAAUUUUCAUAAUAAUUGGAAAAAUACACACAACACUUUAUUGGCAACCUCAGGGUAUUCAUCUUUAAUGUUAUUCAAAAAUUCUAUAAAUGAACAAAAAAUUAGAUAAAUAAUAAAUGUCUAUUAAUAAUUGUUUAUCCUUUGUGUUUGUGAAAUUUGAUAAUAGUUUUUCAGUAAAUGGGUCUUUAAUCCAAUUAUAUUAUUUGAUUUCUUCUAGAAAAUAUUUCAUGAAAUUAUUGAUCAGAAAUUAUUGUUAUUGAACUUGUUAGUAAUUCAACAUCAUUAUUUUUAAGAAAAUGUUUUAAAAGUAGUAAGCAAGUGGUUUUACUAUUUUCUUCUAUCUGUUUUCUUUGUCAUAAGUCGAUUAACUAUAGCUUAAAGAAAUAAAUAAUUAUGUAAUUUAUUAUAAUUUAAUAAAAAGAAAAAAGAACUAGUUGUGAAACAAGAUGGACUCUAUAUUGGACCAUUCAACCAAUAAAAACAUUAAAUAUCCCACCUCUAAAUUAUUUUCACCACAGUAUUUGUGUCCAUUACCAUUGCUAAUAACUAGUAGCGCAUCUAUGAGACUUUAGCCUCUCUUCAUUAGCUAUGUUUAAUAUUAACUAUUCAGUAUUCAGUUUUGUAAAAGUGUUACUAAUAAAAUGCACUACUUGAAUAAGUAUUCAAUUAUUCACAAAUAAUUGGGUGUUUUUACGGUUUGUACUAUUAGUAAAAACUGAUUACACGCUUGGUACUAUUGCAGUGUAAAAAUCACAAAAUAACCUCACAGUUGUUAAAAAUAUAUAUUUAGUAAUAAAAUAAUAACAACACUUUUUCUCUUUGACCUUUAUCCCAAAUAUUUGGGAUUGGCCUCCCUCAUUUUAACCUUCCACUUGACAUGAUCUACCAUGCAUAUAUACCAGCUGUAUUCAUAUCAUUCUCAAUUAUAUCCAACAGAGUUCUUUUUAUGUUAAUUUCCAUUACAAUUCUUACUGCUUCAGAUUCCUCUUCCUAUGCCAAACCAUCUUAGCAUCUUAGUCUAAACAUUUUAUUCAUAUAAUACCUACCAAUUAAAAAUUUGCAACAUUUAAAUGUAUAAAUAACUCAAAUGUUUUGAAAAUUUAACUUUUAAAAUAUAAUUUUUCGUUCUCAUUUCAAGUCUCCCAAAUAUUUUUAACUGAAUUAUAACAAAAAACAAAAUUGAAAAUAAUAAAAUUGCUAUUUUCUUAAAUUUUCCUGUUCUUUCUAAAAUAUGUUCUAGGUUUUCCUAGUUAUUAUAAAAAUUACUUGGUAAAUCAAAAUAUGACAUUUUUAUUCACCAAUUAAAUUAAAAAUGCAACAAUAAUAAUUUUUUUUUUUUUUUUUUUUCUUGGAUCAAUAUUUCUGGUAAAAUACACAAGUUACUAAAAUGUAAAGUUAUUACACCAUUAAUAUUUGUUCAUUUAUUCCUACAUUUUUCCUGAUUAUUAUGAAAACUUCUUAGAAAAUCAAAAAAAACAACCUUUUUAAAAUACCUACUAGAUAACAAUUCUUCUCAGAAUAGGUGUUUCAUGGGAAAAUCAAAACAAGAUUUUUGAUACACAGUAUAAAAAAAAAUUAUAAAAAAUCUUAAUAGUGAAACCAAUAUAUUCUUCACUUUACUCAGAACUUAAAGUGGAAUUAUACAAAAUGUUUCCGACUUUAAAUUUUUAGUUAUAAAGCUCUGUUGUAGUCAUAUCUACCUAAUUCAUCGACUGCUAAUACAUUAGUAUUAGAAAUACAAUAUUACUGGUGAUGAGUUUUAUUUUAUGAACUGUGAUUUUAAGUGGUUAAUUCCUUGAAAAAAAAUCUUAAUUAUAUAUCUUAAUUGAAAAUUCAAACAGGAAAUUUUCUUUACUGGUUCAGCUAUCAUUAGUCAAACGCAUUACCAAUAUUAUUUAAGUAUUAAUUAGGAAAAAUCCCUUCUGGCCGGUUAUAUACAUAUUAUACAUCACAUUUUUGUAAUAUUUCAAUUAACGGUUUUUAAUAAACUUUAUACAAUACAGCAAACUAUAUACGUAUACAAAUUAUUAAAUGUGUUUUUUAAAUAUGAAUACUAUAAUUUUGUAAAUGCAUAAAUAUGAAAAACUUAAGUUCUCAAAUGUAUUUAUUUAAAUAUUUAUUUAUUUAUAGGUUUCAUGAUGUAGCAGAUAAAAUUCCUUACCGAAUGGCAUGGCGGAGCAUGGCUAGGAUAAGACAACCACCUAAAUCAUGUGAUGAAGUUAAAUUAGUUUGUGUGACUUUAGUUUCAGGUAUGUGGCAAGAAUAUACACUUUAUAGAGAUGAUAUGGGAUUUUUAUAUUCAAUGAGAAAAGGAAGAAGGUAAGUUAAAAGAUUUAAUUUUGUAUUAAUCAACUCCUUUGUAUUUUAAACUUAUAAAACUUGGUCUUUAUAGAUUCGUGUGGUGUCAUAUGAAUACAAAAUUAAAAUGCUUAGUUAAAGGUUCAAUAUCAAAAGUAAAUAAUGUUUUAAUGUUGGAAUAUUCUGGUGAACAUAAUCAUCCAUCAUUGGACGAUGAUGAGUUACAAGCAGCUAUAUUUAUUGAAAAAAUAAUGCUAAAAUGCUUGAAAGAUGAUAGUAAACCAAAAAAAAUAUACGAUGAAGAAAUAGUGAAGUAUACUAAAUUAAUGAUACAUAUUUUAUUAUUAUUUGGACAGAUUUCUAUAUUAGUAAUGUUUAUAAUUGUUAAUUAGUUUUCCUGGUGUUGAAAAACGUGUGUCUUUGAGUUAUGCUCGUGAAAAAAUUAAAGCUAGGAGGAAAAGUUUAAAAAAAAAUGCAUCACAUGCGAUAGAAGAAAAAUGCAGCCAACCAUUACAAUUUGUAGAAUUUUGGGGUGAUGAAGAAAACCCUAUAAUUGAAGAUGAUUUUACUGAGGAGACUAAUUAUUCUGAAAAUGAAGAGUGUGUUGAUUCUACUGUUUACUCAGAUGAACAAGGAUUCAAAUAUACUGUAUUUGAUAUUCAAAAUAAAACCAGGUAUUAAUAAUUAUAAAACUUCUUUUUGUAUUUUUUUUUUCGAUUUAUUUCAUUAACAUACCAACUUGAAAUAUUUUAUUGAUUUAUUUUACCUUUAUAGAUAUUUAAAGUGUUUAAAAAAAGACAGUGGAUGUGAAGCCCAAGGAGAAAUAUUUAAAGGCGAACAUAAAGAAUGGCUAUUUUUUAUUCACAAUAAUAUUCACAAUCAUCUACCUCAUGAAGAUUAAACAAAUAGUAUACAAACUUUUGAAUAUAAAUUAAUGUAGCUUAUUAGCAUGCCUUAAUAUUUGUAUUAAAUUUACUUGAUCAUUGGGAAUAUUCCAUUAUGAAAAAUGAUAGUAUUACAUUAUCAAAGGCAAGCUUAUAAAAACUAUUUAAGCUAUAUUGAGUUUUUUACAUUUUUUAAUUACAAUAAAUAUUUUAAUAAAGCAAAUUGUAUUUAGUAACUUUUAAUAAAUUAUUACAAUUAUUAUGCAUAGUAACACAAUUGACAUUAUUAACAAUAUAAUGCAAUAUAAACAUUAUCUUAUAAUAAUAUUUGUCAUGUUUUACGUCUUAUUCCCAUAUUUAAGAAAUUUAUUUAAUGUAAAAAAAUGAUAUUUAACACAUUUAUUUUAUUAUAAAUGAUAGCUACAAAAACCUGAAAAUUAGAUAAUUAAGUGAGAUUCAUUUUUAAAUACAUUUUUAAGUUGUAAAUAAACCUGGUUGUCUCAACUUUUGUUUUUUAAGAUAUUGGGGAUGGGUGUCCUACUGUUGUAGAUGGAAAUGCAGAAUACAUAAAUUUAUUAUUAAUUUAUAACCUUAUGCAAUAAUAAACCAUCGCAAAUGAAAAACGAUUCUGUGCAAUGUUUGGUUAUACAUAUUUUGAAAUAUUAUAAUUUUAAUGUUUGUAAAAAUUUGAUAUUAAAACACUUAUAAAAA